AGCGAUGCCCGCGGGGACGCCGCCGGCCGCCGGAGCGAGGUGAGGGCUGCGGGGACGCGCCCCGCUGCGCGCCCGGGACCGGCUCCAAGUUGAGCGGCGCCUCCCGCGGGGCCGGCGGCGGGGAGGGGCGCGGCCGCGGAAGGAGGGGUCGGCGGGCGGGGGGCGCGCGUCCCCGGGAAGGGGAGACAAAGGCGCCCCGCGGCCGGGCCGGUACCCGCAGGUGCCGCCGCGCCACCAUGGCCGAGGGCGCGCCGGCGGCCGACGAGGUGCGGGUGCCCCUGGGCGCGCCGCCCCCGAGCCCGGCCGGCCCCGGCGCGGCGCCCCCUGAGAGCCCAGCGAGCGAGCGCGCCGCGGACCCGGGCGCCGACGAGGAGCCGCGCGUCCCGUACCCCGCGCUAGCCGCCACCGUCUUCUUCUGCCUCGGGCAGACCACGCGGCCGCGCAGCUGGUGUCUGCGGCUGGUGUGCAACCCGUGGUUCGAGCACGUCAGCAUGCUUGUCAUCAUGCUCAACUGUGUCACCCUGGGCCUGUUCCGGCCCUGUGAGGACGUAGAGUGCCGCUCCGAGCGCUGCAGCACCCUGGAGGCCUUCGAUGACUUCAUCUUCGCCUUCUUCGCGGUGGAGAUGGUCAUAAAGAUGAUUGCGCUGGGCCUCUUCGGGCAGAAGUGCUACCUGGGCGACACCUGGAACAGACUCGACUUCUUCAUCGUCAUGGCGGGCAUGAUGGAAUACUCCCUGGACGGACACAACGUGAGCCUCUCGGCCAUCCGAACCGUGCGCGUACUGCGGCCACUUCGUGCCAUCAACCGUGUGCCCAGCAUGCGGAUCCUGGUCACGCUGCUGCUGGACACUCUGCCCAUGCUGGGCAAUGUUCUUCUCCUCUGCUUCUUUGUCUUCUUCAUCUUCGGCAUUGUGGGUGUCCAGCUCUGGGCUGGCCUGCUUCGCAACCGCUGCUUCAUGGACAGCACCUUUGUUAGGAACAACAACCUCACCUUCCUGCAGCCUUACUACAUGCCAGAGGAGGGCGAGGAGAACCCCUUCAUCUGCUCCACGCGCCGGGACAACGGCAUGCAGAAGUGCUCGCACAUCCCCAGCCGCCGCGAGCUGCGCGUGGAGUGCACGCUGGGCUGGGAGGCAUACGGGCAGCCGACCGAGGGCCUGGGCCCCGGCCGCAAUGCCUGCAUCAACUGGAACCAGUACUACAACAUCUGCCGUUCCGGUGACUCCAAUCCCCACAACGGUGCCAUCAACUUCGACAACAUCGGCUACGCCUGGAUUGCCAUCUUCCAGGUGAUAACGCUGGAGGGCUGGGUAGACAUCAUGUACUACGUCAUGGACGCACACUCCUUCUAUAACUUCAUCUAUUUCAUUCUGCUCAUCAUCGUGGGCUCCUUCUUCAUGAUCAACCUGUGCCUGGUGGUGAUCGCCACACAGUUCUCGGAGACGAAGCAGCGGGAGCACCAGCUGAUGCGGGAGCAGCGGGCGCGGUACCUGUCCAACGAUAGCACGCUAGCCAGCUUCUCAGAGCCGGGCAGCUGCUACGAGGAGCUCCUGAAGUACGUGGGCCACAUCUGCCGCAAGCUCCGGCGCCGAGGCCUGCGUCUCUGUGCCCGCUGGCAGAGCCGCUGGCGCAAGAAGGUGGACCCAAGCAGCGUGCCCCAAGGCCAGGGCUCGGGGCGCCGGCGGUCGAGGGGCUGGCACUCCGCCUCCGUGCACCACCUGGUGUACCACCACCACCACCACCACCACCACCAUUACCACCUUAGCCACAGCAGCCCACGCCGGCCUGGCCCUGAGCCCACCACCCUGGAUAGCAGGCUGGUGCCUGCUGGGGCACCCCCCUCGCCUGGCCACGGGCCCGAUGCCGAGUCGGUGCACAGCGUGUACCAUGCCGACUGCCACGUGGAACGGCCGCAGGAGAGGAUCCAGGCCGUGCGCGCCACCACCGCUGCUGCCAGCCUGAAGCUAGCCGCAGGGCUGGGCGCCAGGAACUACCCCACCAUCCUGCCCUCGGGCAUGGGCGGAAGCAAAGGUGGCACUGGGCCCAAGGGGACCCGGGCCCGUGGGUCUCCGGGCACUGGAGGGCACAGUCCCCUGAGCCUGAGCCCCAGCCCCUGUGAGAAGAUCCAGCACCUGGUUGGGGAGCAUGGUCUGGGCCGGGCCCCCAGCCGCCUGUCGGGCCUGAGUGUGCCCUGCCCGCUGCCCAGUCCACAGGCAGGUACCCUCACCUGUGAGCUGGGCAACUGCCCCUACUGUGCCCGCGCCCUGGACGAGGCCGAGCUGGAGCUGAGCGGCUCUGACAGUGGGGACUCGGGAGCUGAGGGGGUGUACGAGUUCACGCAGGACGUGCAGCACGGAGACCGCCGGGACCCCCUGCAGCAGUGCCCCGCCAGCGCGACCAGUCCCGGGGGCUCGCGGCGGCGGUCCCAGCAGCGAGCAUCCCCCAGCGGGCAGGGUGGGCCAGGCCACAUCUGGGGUGUCCUCAGCAGGAAGCUGCGCCGCGUCGUGGACAGCAAGUACUUCAACCGUGGGAUCAUGGUGGCCAUCCUCACCAACACACUCAGCAUGGGCGUCGAGUACCACGAGCAGCCUGAGGAGCUGACCAACGCCCUGGAGAUCAGCAACAUCGUGUUCACCAGUGUGUUCGCCCUGGAGAUGCUGCUGAAGCUGCUGGCCUGCGGGCCUCUCGGCUACAUCCGCAGCCCCUACAACAUCUUCGACGGUGUCAUCGUGGUCAUCAGUGUCUGGGAGAUCGUGGGCCAGGCGGACGGCGGGCUGUCGGUGCUGCGGACCUUCCGGCUGCUGCGGGUGCUCAAGCUGGUGCGCUUCAUGCCCGCGCUGCGGCGGCAGCUGGUGGUACUCAUGCGCACCAUGGACAACGUGGCCACCUUCUGCACGCUGCUCAUGCUCUUCAUCUUCAUCUUCAGCAUCCUCGGCAUGCAUCUCUUCGGCUGCAAGUUCAGCCUGAAGACGGACACGGGGGAUACCGUGCCUGACAGGAAGAACUUCGACUCGCUGCUGUGGGCCAUUGUCACCGUGUUCCAGAUCCUCACACAGGAGGACUGGAACGUCGUGCUCUACAAUGGCAUGGCCUCCACCUCCUCCUGGGCUGCCCUCUACUUCGUGGCCCUGAUGACCUUUGGCAACUACGUGCUCUUCAAUCUGCUGGUGGCCAUCCUGGUGGAGGGCUUCCAGGCAGAGGGCGACGCCAACAGAUCAGACACGGAUGAGGACAAGACGUCAGCCCACCUGGAGGAGGAUUUCGACAAACUCCGAGGCCUGGGGCCUGCGGAUGUGAAGAUGUACACGCUGGCGGUGACCCCCAAUGGGCACCUGGACGCUGGGGGCAGCCUGCCUCCUCCCCUCAUCAUGCGCACCGCAGCCACCCCCAUGCCCACCCCAAAGAACUCCCCACACCUGGAUGCUGCCCUGGGCCUCCUGGAGUCUCGUCGUGGGAGCAGCAGCUCUAUGGAUCCCCAGCUGGGGGACCAGAAGUCCCUGUCCAGUCUCCGCAGCUCCCCCUGCGCGCCCUGGGGCCCCAACAGCGCCUGGAGCAGCCGUCGCUGCAGCCGCCACAGCCUGGGCCGCGCGCCCAGCCUCAAGCGCAGGGGCCAGGGCGGCGAGCGCGAGUCCCUGCUCUCGGGCGAGGGCAAGGGCAGCACAGACGAUGAGGCGGAGGAUGGCCGGCCCAGCGCCCACAGCCCGCAGCCCACCAGGCUUCAGGACUGCGACGGACAUGUGCUGGCCCUGCCCAGCGAGUUCUUUCUGCGCGUGGACAGCAGCAAGGAUGACGCCGGGGAGUUGGACGAGGACAUGGAGGACAGCUGCUGCUCCCGCCUGCACAAGGUCCUGGAGCCCUACAAGCCUGAGUGGUGCCGGCGGCGGGAACCCUGCGCCCUGUACCUCUUCUCCCCGCAGAACCGCUUCCGGGUCUCCUGCCAGAAGCUCAUCGCCCAUAAGCUCUUCGACCACGUGGUCCUCGUCUUCAUCUUCCUCAACUGCAUCACCAUCGCCCUGGAGCGGCCGGACAUCGACCCUGGCAGCAAUGAGCGCAUCUUCCUCAGCGCCUCCAACUACAUUUUCACGGCGAUCUUCGUGGCCGAGAUGAUGGUGAAGGUGGUGGCCCUGGGCCUGGUCUCCGGUGAGCACGCCUACCUGCAAAGCAGCUGGAACGUGCUGGACGGGUUGCUGGUCUUGGUGUCCCUCGUGGACAUCAUUGUGGCCAUGGCCUCUGCGGGUGGCGCCAAGAUCCUGGGCAUCCUGCGAGUGCUACGUCUGCUGCGGACCCUCAGGCCACUGAGGGUCAUCAGCCGAGCCCCUGGCCUGAAGCUGGUGGUGGAGACACUGAUCUCCUCUCUCAGACCUAUCGGGAACAUCGUGCUCAUCUGCUGUGCCUUCUUCAUCAUCUUCGGCAUCCUGGGGGUGCAGCUCUUUAAGGGGAAGUUCUACUACUGCGAGGGCCCGGACACCAGGAACAUUUCCACCAAGGCUGAGUGCCGGGCUGCCCACUACCGCUGGGUGCGGCGCAAAUACAACUUCGACAACCUGGGCCAGGCCCUGAUGUCCCUGUUCGUGCUGUCGUCCAAGGACGGCUGGGUGAACAUCAUGUACGACGGACUGGACGCUGUGGGCAUCGACCAGCAGCCCGUGCCCAACCACAACCCCUGGAUGCUGCUCUACUUCAUCUCCUUCCUGCUCAUCGUCAGCUUCUUCGUGCUCAACAUGUUCGUGGGCGUGGUGGUGGAGAACUUCCACAAGUGCCGGCAGCACCAGGAGGCCGAGGAGGCACGGCAGCGGGAGGAGAAGCGGCUGCGGCGGCUGGAGAGAAAACGCCGGAGCACUUUCCCCAACCCAGAGGCCCAGCGCCGGCCCUACUAUGCCGACUACCCCCCCACCCGCCGCUCCAUCCACUCCCUGUGCACCAGCCACUAUCUGGACCUCUUCAUCACCUUCAUCAUCGGCGUCAACGUAAUCACUAUGUCCAUGGAGCACUACGACCAGCCCAAGUCCCUGGAUGAGGCCCUCAAAUACUGUAACUACGUCUUCACCAUCGUCUUCGUCAUUGAGGCCGUGCUGAAGCUGGUGGCCUUCGGCUUCCGGAGAUUCCUCAAGGACAGGUGGAACCAGCUGGACCUGGCCAUCGUGCUGCUGUCCAUCAUGGGCAUCACGCUGGAGGAGAUCGAGAUGAGCGCGGCGCUGCCCAUCAACCCCACCAUCAUCCGCAUCAUGCGUGUGCUGCGCAUCGCCCGCGUGCUGAAGCUGCUGAAGAUGGCCACAGGCAUGCGGGCUCUGCUGGACACAGUGGUGCAGGCGCUGCCGCAGGUAGGGAACCUCGGCCUCCUUUUCAUGCUCCUGUUUUUUAUCUAUGCUGCCCUGGGAGUGGAGCUGUUUGGAAGACUCGAGUGCAGCGAGGACAACCCGUGUGAGGGCCUGAGCCGCCACGCCACCUUCACCAACUUCGGCAUGGCCUUCCUCACGCUUUUCCGCGUGUCCACGGGGGACAACUGGAACGGCAUCAUGAAGGACACGCUGCGCGAGUGCGCCCGUGAGGACAAGCACUGCCUGGGCUACCUGCCCGCCAUCUCGCCCGUCUACUUCGUCACCUUCGUGCUGGUGGCCCAGUUCGUGCUGGUCAACGUGGUGGUGGCCGUGCUCAUGAAGCACUUGGAGGAGAGCAACAAGGAGGCGCGGGAGGACGCCGAGCUGGACGCCGAGCUGGACGCCGAGCUGGAGCUGGAGCGGGCCCCGGGUCCCUCUACCCGGCCGCCGCCCACGGCCCCGGAGAGCCCCCCACUCCUGGCUGUGCGCAAGGUGUCCGCAUCCCGAGCGCUCUCGCUGCCCAACGACAGCUACAUGUUCCGGCCGGUGGUGCCCGCCAUGGCCCCGCGGCCCCAGCCGCUGCAGGAGCUGGAGCUGGAGGUCUACGCAGGGGCACCCUCGGGCUCCACCUCCUCCCCACGCUCGCCGCCCGCCAGCCCCUGGACGUCCCCGCAGAUGCCCUCGGUCACCACCUCUCCUUCCAGCGGCAGAGACGCCCCCCAGGCUGCAGCCCCUUCCCCCCGGGGCCCGACUCACAGCCCCAGCCUCAGCCGGCUGCUCUGCAGGCAGGAGGCAGUGUGCAUGGAUGGCUCGGAAGGACAGGCGGACGGCUCCAAGGAUGGUGCCGAGGACUGGGCGCAGUCUGAAGGAAAGGAUUCUUCCCGGGGCUCCUCCCCACGUUCCCCACCCUGCUCUCCCAGGCCCGCCAGCACCCAAGCCCGCAAGCCAGCCCCGGGACAGCGCAGCGUCCCCAGCCUGCCCCCGGCACUGGGCGGCGGGGAGGCGCCAGACCCCACUGACGAGGAGGUCAGCCACAUCACCAGCGCGGCGCCCCCAGGGCCCGGGUCAGCAGGCGGCUUCCUGGAGCUGCCGGGGCGGCCGUCAGAGCCGUGCUGGGCACCAUCGGAGCUGGGUGGGGACGCGGGGCCGGGGGCAGAGCUGGCCUCGGGGGCACGGCGGAAGAAGAAGAUGAGCCCCCCCUGCAUCUCCGUGGAGCCCCCCGCGGAGGACGACGGUGCGGCACGGCCACCUGGGGCGGAGGCUGGCUGCAGCACCCUCCGCCGCCGAACCCCGUCCUGUGAGCCGGCCCCCCACAGGGACACCCAGGAGCUCACCGAGGGCCCGGGGCCGGACCCUGCCCCCAAGGUCGAGCGGCGGCUGCACGGCCCCUGCCGCACCGAGCACCUGGCUGUCCCCAACUUUGCCUUUGAGAGCCUGGACAAGGGGGGGCCCAGUGGGGACUCGCUGCCACGGGACAUCAGCCACGGGGCGGUCACAGACCCCAGCGCUUCUGCCCCUGGGACCACAGCACCCUCAGAGCCCCCUUGCCCCCCCAGGGGUUCCCCAGAACGGGGGCGAGGGCCACAUCUUGGCGUCCCCCAGAGCUCCCCCAGCAGAGGAGGGACGGCCCCUGAGGACAGCACAGCUGAGCCCAUGUAG